AUGGCAUCAAUGCAGAAACAACUGCAGAAAGAACUGUUGGCUUUGCAAAAUGACCCACCUCCUGGGAUAACUUUAAAUAAAAAGUGUGUUCAAAGUUCAAUUACACAAUGGAUUGUAGACAUGGAAGGUGCACCAGGUACCUUAUGUGAAGGGGAAAAAUUUCAACUUCUAUUUAACUUUAGUAGUCAAUAUCCUUUUGACUCUCCUCAGGUCAUGUUUACUGGUGAAAAUAUUCCCGUUCAUCCUCAUGUUUAUAGCAAUAGUCAUAUCUGUUUAUUCAUUCUAACAGAAGACUGGUCCCCAGCGCUCUCAGUUCAGUCAGUUUGUCUUAGCAUUAUUAGCAUGCUUUUCACCUGCAAAGAAAAGAGACGACCACCAGAUAAUUCUUUUUAUAUUCGAACGUGUAACAAGAAUCCAAAGAAAAGAAAAUGGUGGUAUCAUGAUGAUACUUGUUGA